GCAAAAUUUAUGAGUGAAUAUAGGAAUAGAUAGAAAAUAUUUUCUCAUUAGUUUAUUUUUAAAAGAUAAGUUUAGUUUAAAACUACAAAAUAAUUGACACUAAGCUAAUUGAUAUAGCUUUGAAAUAUGAACCAAUAGGAAAGCUCAUGGAGUUAAAUGAGGAAUGAAUGCUUCUUGAAGGCGAUUGGCUGUUAGCUCAAUCAGUCGGUAAGAUUGUGGAGUGGAAGAUGGUUUCAGUGUGAUGUGUCAGUUUAACCUCAAUUUUGUAUUCUACGUAUGAAGUGAUAUUUGGCGGUCUUUUUUCUCCAUGACUUAUUGAUGUUUUUAAAUAAUAUAAGUAUUUCGGAGUUUUAUAUGUUUGAUUUGUAUUUUACGUUGUAUGUAUUGUGCUACACCUUAUAAUAAGAUGGCGGACUACAGUUAUUAUCAAGGGGAUUACAUUCGUCAUCCUGUGUUGUAUGAGUUAAGUCACAAAUAUGGGUUCCAAACAGAGUCUCUUCCUGAAUCUGCACUUCCUUACAAAUUGGAAGAGCUUAAAGAGCACAUUCGAAAAGAAAUUCGCAAAGAACUUAAAAUUAAGGAAGGAGCAGAAAAAUUACGAGAAGUGGCUAGAGAUAGGAAGUCAUUAUCAGACGUAGCCCACAUAGUUAAGAAAUCCAAUUCUAAGUUAAGUGAACUUCAAGCAGAAUUACAGGAAUUGGAAUCACAGAUCAUUCUUACUCAAGGACAAGACAGUGAUCGACACUCACCGAAAAAUGGACAUGAUGGCCUGGUGUCACCAAUGUCUGGAAUGUCCAUGGAAAACCAAACCAGUAAUUUUGCCACUGACCUUAGGCUACUUUCCCUGGAGAAGCAACUUAAUAUUGAGCUCAAAGUCAAACAUGGAGCUGAAAACAUGCUUCAAAGUUUGGAAAAUACUGGUCACUCUCGAGACAAAAAACUUAUUGGUGAGGCCCAACAGAUGCUUGCAGAUUCCAAAGCUAAAAUUGAAUUCUUGAAAAUGAGGAUACUUAAGGUUAGACAGAACAAAGCCAAUGCAAGCCGUAGUGGCAGUGAUGCUGCGUCGAAUGGGGAUUCAAACAAUAAAGAUAAGCUGUCUAGAAAUUUAGAACCUCCUGGCUUGGAAGAUAGAGUUGAAGAGCUGAGGCAUCGGUUGAGGAUAGAAGCAGCUGUUGUUGAAGGAGCUAAAAAUGUAAUUCGGCUGUUACAGAGCUCAAAGGUUGCAGACAAGAAAGCUUUGCAGGAGGCUCAGGUUAGUCUAUUCGAAUCAUCUCAAAAGCUCGAUUUGCUGAGGAAGUCUCUUGAAAUGAGGCGCUCUGAACUGCCUCCCGACUCGACAACAGCUGCACAAUUGAAGCAUGAGUUAGACUCGGUGCAAUCAUCCAGCCCCGUUCCAGUUACUUAUACCAGUCUUCAACCCUUCAGAGGUGAUGGCACUAUGGGUAUGAGAGGCGGAAUAUUAAGUAGUAGGCCUUCUCCAUUCAACAGGACAGCAGCAGUUACUGGAAAACUUGAAGUGAGAUUAAUGGGUUGUCAAGACCUUCUUGAAGAAGUCCCUGGUAGAUCUAGAAGAGAGAAAGAUUCAAUAUCAAGUCCAGGUGACUUACGAUCUUUUGUGAAAGGAGUGACAGGCAGGAGUUCUAGCAAAUCAUAUAGUGUAAAGGAUGAAAUCAGCAAUGAAAUAAUGGCUGUUAUUAAGCUCGAUAAUCAAACUGUUGCUCAGACAAGUUGGCGACCGUGUUCUCAACAAGCAUGGGACCAAAGGUUUUCAAUAGAACUAGAAAAAUCGAGGGAAUUGGAAAUAGGUGUAUAUUGGAGGGAUUGGCGAUCGUUAUGUGCUGUUAAAUUUCUUCGUUUGGAAGAAUUUAUAGAUGAUAUAAGGCAUGGUAUGGCAUUGCAGUUGGAACCACAAGGGCUUCUGUUUGCUGAGAUAAAAUUUUUGAACCCGAUGAUAUCAAGAAGGCCUAAACUUCAAAGACAAAAGAAGAUUUUCAAACAGCAAGUAAAAAAUUUCCCUAGAGCUAACCAAAUGAAUAUAAAUGUAGCUACAUGGGGUCGUCUUCUAAAACGUUCAUCUCCUUCGAUACAAAAUGCUAGAGCUCAGUCUGAAAGUCCGCCAACAGGUAACAGUAUGGAAGUAGAAGAGAAGCCAGAGACACCUGGAGAAAGCCCAGAUCCCGGAGCUUGCGGCCUCGGCGGUGCUAGGCCACUGGGUAUCGCUGUCCUUCCACCUCUGCCGCCCGACGUCAAUCCCUUACCCUCAGCUAUCGCCAAAAAGAGAUCACCACAACAGCCUCCUCCUCCUCCACCUCCAAGGCUCGAUAUAGAGCCAAAUUAUGAAGCUCCAUCACCACCUGUGCGAAUCGUUGAAUAUAAAGGUGAAAGUAUGUUUGAAUCAAGGCGACAAUCUCUGUUGUCUCCUGGAAUUUCAAUGGAAAACUUCCGACUCUUGUCUGUACUAGGAAGGGGACACUUCGGAAAGGUUAUACUUUCGCAAUAUAAGAAUACCGGUGAAUAUUUUGCUAUUAAAGCAUUGAAGAAAGGAGAUAUAAUCGCAAGAGAUGAAGUAGAAUCACUGCUGUCAGAAAAGAGAAUUUUCGAAGUCGCUAAUGCUAUGAGGCAUCCUUUCUUGGUUAAUCUAUUCGCUUGUUUUCAAACUGAGGCACAUGUUUGUUUUGUCAUGGAAUAUGCACCUGGUGGCGACCUGAUGAUGCAUAUACAUGCUGAUGUAUUCUCAGAACCACGUGCAGUAUUUUAUGCGGCUUGUGUUGUUCUUGGUCUCCAAUAUCUUCACGAGAGCAGUAUCAUCUAUCGAGAUUUGAAAUUGGACAAUUUAUUGUUGGAUACAGAAGGCUAUGUCAAAAUAGCUGAUUUUGGUUUGUGUAAAGAGGGAAUGGGAUUCGGAGACCGAACCGGCACUUUUUGUGGUACGCCAGAGUUUCUCGCUCCUGAAGUAUUGACGGAGACCAGUUACACAAGGGCCGUAGACUGGUGGGGCCUUGGAGUUCUCAUCUUUGAGAUGUUAGUUGGUGAGUCCCCAUUUCCGGGAGAUGACGAAGAGGAGGUAUUUGAUUCAAUAGUGAAUGAUGAAGUACGCUAUCCCAGGUUCCUUUCACUUGAAGCUAUUGCCAUCAUGAGGAGGUUACUGAGGAAAAAUCCUGAACGAAGACUUGGUUCAACGGAAAGGGAUGCUGAGGAUGUUAAGAAGCAGGCUUUCUUCAGAAAUAUCGCCUGGGAAGAGUUGCUAAUGAGAAGAAUAAAACCACCUUUCGUACCGACCGUGGCAUCGCUUGAAGACGUUAGCAACUUUGAUGAAGAGUUCACUUCUGAAAAACCACAUUUAACUCCACCAAAAGAUCCGAGACCGUUAACUAAUAAUGAGCAAGAUUUGUUCAAAGAUUUCACCUACAUGGCUGAUUGGUGCUAGUACAUCCAUCAAGCUCCUCUGGAUUUUCAUUUGUAUUUUUAAUAUUAUGCGUAAAAGAAAAUUUUCUUCUCCGAAUUCCUCUGAAUUGGUUGUGCAAUACUCGUUUGUGUAAAUAGUCAAAGCCAAUUUUUAAUAGACACUUUUGAGUAUGAUGUGUUUAUGUGUGUGUGUGUGUGUGUAAGUAUUGUCUGUGAUACUAGACAGGAUAAAUAAUAAUUAACUCCCCAUUUUUUUUUUUUUUAAUUUAAACAUCAGUGCCUAGAGAAAUGAAGUUUUUUUAAUUGUUUGUGACAUGCUUUGAAGAUCAUUUUAAUAUAGUAUACACUUAUUUCAAAAUCAUAGCUUUAGCUUUUAAUAUGAAUGAAAUUUGUAUUAUAAAUUUUUAAUUUUAGUAGAUCAGAAAAAUGAUUUAUAAGAAUAAAAUAGAAUGGAUUUUAUAUUUAUUUUUCUGCUUCUUAUGAAAUAACCCUUUGUGUAAAUAAAUAUAUUUAUGUAAUGUUAUGUAAUAUUAAAUAGUACUAGCAGAACUUCAAGGUACUUGUCAAAUUGUAUCCUAGAUAAAAUGAAACAUGUCAAUAAUAAAUAAAAAAAUGUAUAUGAAUAAGGAAAUGCAAUAAAUCUAUACUAAAAGGCAAUCAUUUUUGCCAUAUUAUCAUUUUCACGUAAAAUGUAUUCGUGUUUCAAAUUAUGUACAAAUGUAAAUAUAUAUUGUAAUAAAUUUAAUUUAACCAUGUUUUUAUGGACUAUAUAGUUACAUUAAUUAAAUUAUUCUUUACUAAAUAAUAUAUAUAAAAAAAAAACUAUACGAAGUGCCUUGUUAAAACAUGGGCAUAUUAUUGAUGGCCUCUAAUCGAAGGACCAUUAUGGACGUAAAACGCACACUUGUUACAAUAUGUUAUAUUUAUAUGUAGAAUAAAUGAUAUUAAACUAAUAGAUGCCCCUAUUUUAAGUGCCUUUUAUUUUAAAAAGGAAAAACAAAAAAGGUAAAAAAAAAAACAAAAAAAAAAAAACAUGAGUAUCAUUGCUUUUAUGAAAUAAGUUUGAGAUUAUAUAAUUUUGGAAUUGUGUGCCAGUAUUUUUUGUUUUCUUUCUUUUUUCUACACAUUACAAAUCAUAAUUUUAUUAAUAUUAUGAAAUAACAUGUAUUUAUAAUUAUAUUAUUUUGAGAGGGUGGUGUAUGAAUAAAAAUAAACAAGUGAAUGUUAACUUUACCUGUUUUUAUUUGACUCUCCUUGGUUAUUUUGUCUCUGUUUUUAUAUUUUCCUACUAUUUUUAUUUUGUUUGAAUAAUUGUUUUUUAAAAUUUGAAUUAGAAUAAGAAGGGGGAGGGAUUAUACUAGUUUCCUGCAUAUUUUUGCCAGAUUAAUUCUGUAUGGGUUGCAUAAAAUCAAUGCCGACUAAAACUCACACUACUAUUUUUUUGUUCAAGAUACUUAGAAUCCAAAAACUAAAUAAUUACCUGUUCACUGUUCCCAGAUUUUCUCUGAAACCAUUGGGCCAUUUCAUUGCUUUUUCAGUUUUGGUACCAAUGUCGCAAAUCACCCUAGGAUGAUUUUCGGAACUCAACAUAGCCAUAUGCCGUUUGUUUCAGUUUGAUAGCUGAUUAGAGGUUUAAUGUGCAAGUGUCCAAGGCUUUUGUUUCUGUUUUGUUUAGAGUUGGCUUGAACAUUGCAGAACAUUUUCUUUCAAAUUCAUUAAAUGUCAAUAACUCAACCUUAGGUGAUUGCCUUCUUCAGUAUGAACCUGAUAAUAGUUUUUAAAACAACUUAUACUAAUUUCAUUCAAAAAAAUUUCUCACUUAUCCAUAGUGCAGUAUGAACUGGAGAGAUAGAUGAUGAAAUGAUAUGAGUGAUUCGUUUAAUUUAUUUUAUAAUUAUCAUUUAAUCAUUUAUUUCAUUAUGCAUUUUAGGCUAUUUAUUGCCUAGUUAUUUUCAGAUUAUAAAUUAAUUUCUUUGUUAAAUUACAAUCAAUUUUGUUAUAAAUAAUAAUGUUCUUUGGAAUAAUCUACGUGCUAUUUUAUAUGCUUCCAAAAAUUGAUGAUCUCAUCCAUUUUCUUAAAUUUCUUCAUUAUCAAUCCAUUGUUGGAUAUUUCCAAAUAUUGGCCCUUGUGUCCAAAUGAAUGCCACUCAGGAUGAAAUCCUUUUUGAUUUGGUGUCCUAUAAAAAACGUAACAAAUUGUGUUUUAAACUUGAAAUUUAGAUUUUUAAUAAAAUUGUAUUAGGUAUUAAUUAAUGCAAGUCUAAUGUCUUUUUUGCUCAAUGCUGGCUUAAUGAAAUUUUCUUUGUAGUUUAUUAAUAUUAUUUUUAUUAAUAUUAAUUUACAGCAAAAUUUUUAUUAUUUAGCAAUUUUUACUUUCACUUACAUAUAUAUGAAAUAUUCAGGGUUAAGUGGCCAAACUGAAAAUAUGAAUUAACGGCCUCAAAACAAGAAAAAAAUUUCCUCUUAAGGUAUAUCCGCAAACACUGUUUAGGAGAUAUUCACACCUAAAGAUUUUCGUUGUUAUGAAUUAUUUAUGUUAUAUUAAGUAAAUAAAACUUAUUUAUUUGUUCUAACCAAAAUUCAUAUUAAAUGGUUUUAAAAGUGAUUUCCUUGAGCAUUAAGACAGGCACUGCAUCUUCAACAGCAGCAGUGGCUGAAUGGCACUGAUACGUGUUAUUGUUUCACAAGACUCAAUUAUCCUUCAUAAGGAAUUAAGGUCAUUUUGUUUAAUGUCAUCCCAAACAUUACGAUUGCAAACACCGUAUACAAACACCAUAUUGGCAUAUUCACCAUUAGUAUAAAUGGAAGGCAUAAUGAUGAGUACUCUGCAAAAGCCUCUUACAAACUGAUAAAUGUUAUUGAGAGUUCCCAAUACUAAUUCAAAAUAAAAAAUAGUAAAAAUAAAUAAUUAUAUUUAUUUUUAUAUUUCAUAUUUACACAUAAAAGGCCAUAUUAGUAUUCUAUCUAAUCCAUCUCCUAAACAAAGUAUUUGCGGACAUAUCUUCACUUUGAACAACAGCUAAUAUGAAUGUUAAUGUUUACAUUUAAUUAAUAAAGUAGUUCUCUUUGUCGACUCGCAAGCAGCAAUCCACACCAUUACUGACAUGAAUAAAUGCAUGUCGAGUGCUAUCUUGGAGUGCAAAUCCCUUCUCUACGAUCUAACACUCCGAGGCACCAAUGUGGUCCUUCAGUGGAUUUCGAGCCAUUGCGGUAUUCCAGGAAAUGAGGAAGCGGACAGUCUCGCCAGGAGGGGAGCAGAAUUGCCACAAACAGUCCAUCCAAAAUCCUACGAUUCAAUUCGGCGAAUGGUGAGGAUGGUAGUGAAGGAGGAAACAAAAAAUAUGCACAAAGACAAGGUGGAAGGGAGAUGUUAUGGAUGUUUGAUGGAAAACUCGAUCCCAGCAGAUCUACCAAGAGAUGCAGUAGCCUGCUUCCGCCUGGCCACUGGUCACGACUAUCUACAAAGUCAUCUCCACAAGAUAGGCGUGGCUGAGGAUCCUAGAUGUAAAUUAUGUGAACAAGCGGAAAUGGAUGCAGACCACCUAAACGAAUGUCCUGCUUUGACGGAUAUAAAGAAUCAAACAUAUGUAAAUGAUUACAUACAAAAAUCAAACUUAUAUUGGGCAGCAAGAUGUCGGAUGGUCGAAUGACCAAUGACUAUGGCAUAGGAAAAAAAAAAAAAAAAAAAAAAAAGUUAGAACAAAUAAAUAGGUUUUGUUUAUUUGUAAAUAAUUCAUAACUACAAAAAUCUUUAGGUGUGAAUAUCUUCUAAACAAAGCAUUUCGGGACAUACCUUCAGAGGAAAUUUUUUUCUUGUUUUGAGGUCCUUAGUUCAUUUUUGCAGUUUAUCCACUUAACCCUCAAGCACCCUGUAUAGUAAGAAAAAGUAUUGUGAUCCGAAAAAUUUUCGAAUUUGAGUUUUCAACGGAAAUAUAAGUUUUGAGGUUUUUUGGGUCCAGAUAACCAAGAUUUUCUCAAAAAUGGCUUGAAAAACGAUUUUAGAUUUUGAAAGCGGAGAAUUUUAGAAAAAAGUAUAAAUGAUAAUUUCUGAAGACUAAUAUUAUUUAACAGAAAUCACAUGUUGCCUAGGAAAUGAAAUGAAAUUUUUUAACAACGUAAACUUUUAAAAUUAUUUUCAAGUUUGAAAAAAAAUACUAUAAAAUCAACCGAAUUAAGACAAUGACUUUGUUUAAAACACAAUUUCAUUGUACUUGUGUGAAAGUAGAUGUGAAAUAUAAAAAUAUUUCAUGGAUGGGUAAAAUGUAUGUUUAUAAUCUUAAAUACAUUAACUGUAUUUUAAUAACUCUAGAUCCGACAUUAUAUUUAAAUAAUUAGGUUUACAUUGUCGAUUUAUUCCAACCAAAAUUUCCUUUGUGAAAUCACAUUAUACACUUACAAUCGGUGUGAUGACUUUUGACCUAUCCAUGCUGUAUUUGAAAGCAAUUAACUGGGUAAAAAAUAAGGAUUUAAAUAUUGAAGGAAGCUAGUCGACUGUUCUACAUAUCAUAUGAUUUGUUCAAUAUUCAUAUGAUAUUCAAUAUCAAAUGAUAUCUUCAAUAUUUAAAUCCUUAUUUUUUACUCAGGGAAAAUUUACCAAAAACAGUUAAUUGCUUUUAAAUACAGCAUGGAUUGGUCAAAAGUCAUCACACCGAUUGUAACUGUAUAAUGUGAUUUCACAAAGGAAAUUUUUGUUGGAAUAAAUCGACGAUGUAAACCUAAUUAUUUAAAUAUAAUGUCGUAUCUAGAGUUAUUAAAAUACAGUUAAUGUAUUUAAGAUUAGAAGCUAGUCGACUGUUCUACAUAUCAUGGAUGAUAAAUAUUUAGGACGCAGUCAUUACAAUUUUUUUAUUGGUGCUGACGUUUCAACAUAAACAUGUGGGUCAUCAUCAGGGCUGAAAAUUUUUAAAUUAAAAUCAGAGAUAUAAUAUUAUACGACCACCAAUAAUGGUAAAUAAUAAACUAUAGUGAUUGAUGGUACGUGAAUCUUAACUAUUAUUACAAUACACAAUAUUAAAAAUGAAAUAUGUAAACAGUUAUACAAAUUAAAAAUAAUGUAUAUAAUCCAUUCAUAAAAAUUUGUAAUAUUUUCUCUUAAUAACCGUGGUUCGAGCACUGAAGGCUUUCAAGUACUGACACAUUUGGUAGGUAAGUGAAAGGGUUCAGGGGAGGAUUUCCUAGUUGUCCUUUUUCAGAUAGCAAAAGGUAGAUAAACAUAGUCAGAGGGAAGGAGGGAGGUAAUAUUUCUGUUUGUAGAAUGUAAAUAAUUUGCUGACUAAAUAUUCAAGAUGUGUACAAGCUUUGCGUUGUUUCUUAUGGUUACAGAAUUGUGACUAUUGGCUAGUAAUAAAAUUAACAUAAGCAAGAGGUGCCAAUCAAUAUAAAUAUUGACCAAUAAAUAAAUUAAGAAACUUACUGAUUUUUUGCAAAAUUAACCAAUAUUUUUAUUAAUUUUUUUGAUAGGUCUAUGUCAAAUCGCUUAAGCAUAUCUUUGAUUUGAAAAAAUUGAGCCUUGAUUUGAAAGCUUAUAAGAAAGUGGAUUUGUUAAAUAUAAAAAAAAAAAAUCAUUACAUCCAUAAAGAAAUUGAUGAGCUAUUGCUGAAAUGUUUUCAAAUUCAAAGAAGUCAGAAUAAUCAUCUCUCUGGUCCACUCCUCCUGAUCAUAUUUAGUUUGGAAUUGACUAAAUCAAAACUUGUAUUCAGUGUAAAAAAAUAUCUUUUAUAUAAAAAACAAAAAAAAAAACUAUUUCUAAUUAUAUUUCAUGGUUUCUCAAAAACUUCAGCAUAAAGAUGAUACAUUGAAGUUUACAGAAUUUAAUUUAGUAUUACAAUUGAGUUAAUGAUUUUAUCUUGUAGAAUAAUAAAUUGUAUACCUGUUAUAUUCACUUUUUUUUUAGCUCGGAAUUCCGUCAUUGAAGGACCACUUGUAUAAUUAAAGACAUAAAAGUAUUUGGGUCCUUUAUGUUCUUGAGCUGAAUUUAAUGGUGGAUAAGUAGAAUAACCUUCUGAAUACAGCUAUGACAAUAAAAUUAAAUAGAAUAUUAUUUACAAAAGAAACAACUAUUAAAACAAAUAUUAUAUAAUCAAUCUUGGGAGACUCCCAGCUUAAUUACCUUCCAUAUUCCUGUAAUUACAUCCUUUUUAAAAAAUCUUUCAAUUAUUUUCUUUACUUCAUCUUUAUUUUCAAGAUUCAUCAUUCUUUGAAUAUACUCUUCUCGAUGUUGAGUAAAAUCAUUUAAAAUUGCAUCAUUCCAAUUAAGAAUAAGAUCUAUGAAAAAGUGCAUUUGCAUAAUUUGAAUAAUAAUUUCUAUUUUGAUAAAUUAUUUCACUUAUCUUUUUAUUUUAAUGGAAAUUGAAUUACUUACCAGCUGCUUUGCCAGCUCCUUCAUCUCCACAAAUUCCCAACAACCAUGGAAAGUGUGCAUCAUUAAUAGGCCAGUUGGUCAAUAGCGAAGUAUUGCUUGGAGGUUCCAACACAGGCCCAAAUACCACCAAAGGUUCUCCCACCCAAAACUGAAAAAAUAUAUUUUAUUAGCAUUAAGAUAAAAGUCACUUAUAGAAAGAAAGAAGUUGAAUAACAAUAAUAAUAGACUAGGAUCUUUCUGAUGAAAUAGCAGAUUUUAAACAGUAAAACGCCCUAUUAACUGUAUAUUGUUUUGAGAAAAAAAUAAAGACAAUAGCAGAGAAAAGAAAGCUCAUUAACUUUUACGUACAUUCUAAUCAUGAAAAAAAAAAGAUAAUUUUCACAUUUAAAAAUUCUAUAAAUGUUUUUGAAAACAAAAUAUGAUACAUAAUUUUUCAAAACAUUUUCCUUCCUUAUUCAUUUGAAAAUUGUUCAAACUUUGUCUUUUUCUUUUUUUACAAAAUGCAUAAUACAAUUUUUAUUAAUAUUUAUUAUGUACAUCCUUUCUGAAGUUCUAAGGGUCUGAAACAGGGCUAUGGUAUGGCACUGACCAUCUUCAAGGUUUAUCUAAACGAGUCAGUCAAGGAAUGGUAUCGUCAGUGUGGAGAUGUGGGACGCUCGACCAUCAAUUGGCGACGAACAGCUGGUGUCUCUCUUUCGCCAAUGAUCAAGUCAUAUUUGUACACAGAAAGGUGUCUCUGGAAAGGAUUGUCCUCACUGUGGACUUGCUAUGUGUUUGUGAGGCUUAAGGUGAAUUUCACAAAGACGGAAUUCAUGGUCAUUUACACUGAGGAUGUCAGUAAUCUUUGUGUCGACUCUCAGAUAUAUACAAAAAUUUUUUUAAGCAUCUGUGAUCUUACCUUGACUCCUCGGGAUCCUUAGAAAUUGAAGGAAUAAGCUCGGAAAGCUACACGCAUUAUUCAUAGCCAUGCUUCAUCCUGUUUUGUGGGGCAAUAAAAUUCUAAAAGAAAACAAGCGAAGGAUAUACUAUGCCAUCAUAAAACUCAUCCUAAUGUAUGCAUGCUAGUAAGCAGGUCGAUUUCCAUUCCAUGAGUUCGUCACAAAAUAAAAAUUAACUCUUCCCAGGCCAGAUUCGAACAGGCGUUGCUAGGCAUGAGGGUGCUAUGACGGGCUACACUCCAACACUCUCUGCCAUCGUGACCUCGUAGGGGUUCAGUAAAACAUGUCCACUUGGAACACACAUGGGCUCAAGGAUCUCCUGACUGAGCAAUACCCACAAUUGGUAAAUCAUGAUAUCGUGAAUAUGAAUAUCAAGAUUGAAAUAAAAUAUCAAUGUAAUAAAAAUAAAUAUUUUAAUUUAACUUACUCUGAGACGCUUUUCAGCUGCUGUGAUUUUUUGAGCCGACUUGGAUUGAAGGCAUGGCACAAGAUCUUCAGUUUGACAGCCGACAGCUUUAGCAAUAACUUCAGCUGCUUUCUUAGCUUUGCCUGGCUUUCUUAAAGAAAAGUGAGAACCACCUGCACCACUUUGUGAAAUACAACCUUUCAACAUGCCUAUAAUAAAAAACAACUUUAGAUAUCUCAUGAUGAAUGAAUGAAUGAAUGAAAUGGAUGAAAAUACGUGUUAAAUGUAAAAGAAGAAAAAUAAAGUAUGAAGAAUGAGAUAUAUUUGAAUCACUAAUAUAAUUAACACCGAGGUAAUGCCUUAGGGCAUCAAUUGGUGGAGGGUGUCACAGGAAUUGAAUUGAAUAAUAAAAUAAAAAUUCAAAUAAUUUAUAGUAUUGAAAAUUAUAAAAAAUAAACUCGAUAUUCUAAACAGGAAUAGAUGUUGAAGGUAAAUAAGAUUUGACUAUGAAGGAUGAAGGAGGUUGACCGAAUGUUACAUGGUCCAUAUUAUUGAGUCAGUAUUGAAUUUUUUACUCAGCAUAGGACUGUAAUGUAUAAAUUAUAUCAACAUCAAUCAAACUGGUUGAUAUAAAUUUAUUCUAUCGAAGUUCUUUCAAUGUUAUUGAAGGAUUGUCAAUUUGAUUGCAUGUGUACGGGCUAUUUUGAGCAACAUUAAAUCAUUUAUAAGGAUCUACGCCUUUUUAUUUAUUUUAUGAUACCCUACUUCCUCAUUUCUGAUAUAUGGAGAGAACUGUUC